CAUUGUUUUUAUUUUGAUGUAGGUGUAUACAGGUAAUUUCGGUAAUCGCUAAAAUCGUUUCAAAAUCAUUCAUAUUCUUUUGUAAUAAGAUUCCUGGGGGCCUACCGCGAAAACCGAAAUUCUUAAAUUGCGGGGAUCUUUCUCUUUUACACUCACUAAGACGUAGACUGACAGAGAUAAAUGUCUGCAAUUGACGAACUUCGAUUUCGCGGUUAUAGCCCGCUUCGGAAUUACCAGAAUACACAAAUAUAUUUAUAGAGCAUAUUUCAAGCCAAGAUUGGUUUUAUACUAAUAGAAGGGAGGGUUCAUAAUCACAAGUUUCGAUUUUACUAUUUGCGGCAUCACCCAAUAUUCUCAAGUAUAUGACAGCUGUGGAACGGAACGUACGACCGCCAUUUUGAAACGCAUGCGCGCUGGCCCCGGCUACGCCAUGUUGCAUAGUUUAGUGGUGUCCUGUUACGAAGUCAAUUAAUAGCGAAGUUUAUUUCUGAAACGAAUACCAGAUAAAGUAGAACAGGUGGAUGAUUUAACCUCAGGAAAAUGUUUUUGCGACUUCGUGAAAUUAGAUAACCAGAUGUGAGACAACAAAAUCAGAAAAUAACCUAUCGCGCAAGAUGGAACACGGAUAUCCAAAGUAUUAACAGACAGAAAAUAACUUUCUGUAAAUAACUAGUGCAUCACUACAACUGUCAGCUGUAAAUCGUGUAAAUGUCAAAUUUGACAGUUUUCUUUGUGCACGUGUUUAUGUUUAACUUCAACGCUGUAUUGUUUCUGUGAAAUAACUGGAAAUAUCCGAUGAAUUACGUAGGAACAAUCCUAUAAUAAAUAGAAAUGGUAAUUCACGAAGAAAGUGAGUGUCCAGUUGAAAUUGCGGUUAUAAGGAAACCCGAAAUCCUGGAGCCGAAAAAAUAUCUCAUGGUCAACAACCACAUCCGAGAACUCAUCAACAAAGAGGACAGCCCAUCAGAUACCUCCUCUAGCGACCAACUAUUAGAAGAAGAAGGAAAUGAAGAAAGUAAAAAGCGCGCCAGAACGUCCUCAAAGAAAUUGAAGAAAAGAAAAACUGAGUCUGAAAAUAACUCAAAAGUUAACGAAAUUAGUGAAAGUGAUUUAUCAGAACUUCGAACUGUUUACCAAAACUGUUUGGCCGUUAUUAAUAAAAUUGAGGUUAAGUAUGGGCAUCUACUGAAUCUUGAUACACCAGGCCAUAGAUUGCAAUAUGGAUAUAAUUGUGAUGGAGGUCAGCGAUACAAUGAAUGCCACUGCACAAAGAAUAAAAAGAUUGUGUUUGAUGAUGACGGUCAACAACAUACACAGGAAAUCGAUGGCCACAUUUGUCCUUCGAUGCCUAAAAAGUAUGCAAAACCAGUGGAAUGUAGUGUAACUACGGAUAAUGAAGAUUACAACUUAUCCUUACCAGAUGACUUGCCCAGCUUAGCAAAGUUGCUUCAGGACCCAGAGUUAAAUCAGCGGAAUAAAGUUAUAGACAAAAUAAAGAGAAUUAAACAAGAUCAUUUGAAUGAGCUCAGAUUUAACCGGCCAGCUAUAAUACAAGCUAUCAAACGAGAUCCGGAUGAGGUGCUAGGGUUUAUGGGGGUUAAUUUUGUGUCCUUGCCUGGAUAUAUAUAACAUUAUUGUUUUCUAUAAUAAUUAUACUAAAUGAUUUUA